ACAAUGCACCGCAGCCAGAGCUGCCUAACGCUCUAUAUAAAGGCUGGGGGGGUGAGAGAGGGAGGGGUGCCGUGAAGAAGGGACACACAGCCGACAGAAGGGAGCCAGGACAGCAGCCUCAACGCACAGCGCCGUCACAGAGAGAGCAGUUGGAAGUAUACCUUCAAACCUAACAGAUCAUCAUGUCAGAUAAACUGAAGAACGCCAAGAUCAUCUUUGUUGUGGGUGGUCCUGGCUCAGGGAAGGGCACCCAGUGUGAGAAGGUGGUGGCCAAGUAUGGCUACACCCACCUGUCCUCAGGUGACCUGCUCCGCGCGGAGGUGGCCUCUGGAUCUGAGAGGGGCAAACAGCUGUCCGCCAUCAUGCAGAAGGGAGAGCUGGUCCCCCUGGACACGGUGCUGGACAUGAUUAAGGAAGCCAUGAUCGCCAAGGCCGACGUGUCCAAGGGCUACCUGAUCGAUGGCUACCCCCGCGAGGUCAAGCAGGGCGAGGAGUUCGAGAAGAAGAUCGGGGCGCCCUCCCUGCUCCUGUACAUCGACGCCAAGUCGGAGACCAUGGUGAAGAGGCUGAUGAAGAGGGGCGAGACCAGCGGCCGGGCCGACGACAACGAGGAGACCAUCAAGAAGCGCCUGGACCUGUACUACAAGGCCACGGAGCCCGUCAUCGCCUUCUACCAGGGCCGCGGCAUCGUCAGGAAGAUUGACUCCGAGGGCUCUGUGGACGACGUGUUCAGCAACGUAGCCAAAGCCAUCGACAGCUUGAAGUAAAGCCGCCCCUGCGCGAGGAACUCUGUUUUUUUAUUUUUUAAAUUUUCCCGCCUCAACGAUACGAACUGCUGACCGACGGCCGGGGGCCGACGCCGGGCCUCGGAGGCUCAUCUCUGCCUUAAUUCGAGCGUCGCUUCGACGCCGGAGCGCCGUUAUCCUGACUCCCCGCCCCGGCCCCGCCCCGGCCCCGCCCCGUCCCCCCGCUCCGCCGCCGAGGACCGACACCUGCGCACCCGUCAUCUGUCCGCCGUCGCCCGUUCCCCCUGUUCUCUCCUCUCUUUUCAUAAAAGCUCUCUCACUCCAUCCCUGUUCUGUGUCUGCCAUUAAAAUGCCACCUUCACAUCUCUGACCGAACACCCUGACUCCCUGGGCCUGUCUUUGAUGGAUCUGUGUCUGGAAAUGUACAGGAGAACCCCACAUUAACUUACAGGUGAACCCCACAGUAACAUACAGGAGAACCCCACAUUAACUUACAGGUGAACCCCACAGUAACAUACAGGAGAACCCCACAUUAACUUACAGGUGAACCCCACAGUAACAUACAGGUGAACCCCACAUUAACUUACAGGUGAACCCCACAGUAACAUACAGGUGAACCCCACAUUAACUUACAGGUGAACCCCACAGUAACAUACAGGAGAACCCCACAUUAACUUACAGGUGAACCCCACAGUAACAUACAGGUGAACCCCACAUUAACUUACAGGUGAACCCCACAGUAACAUACAGGAGAACCGCA